AUGCCGCCCAAACCCAAGAACAAACGCUCGAAUCGCGUUGGUCGUAUCAUGGACAACACGGACCGCAGGAGACAGCUGUCCGUCGCCCCAUCUCCCUCACCUGCCCCCGCGGCGGCUCAGGCGAAGGGAUCUUCAGGCAGUUCGGAAAAAUGCAGAAACUGCGGUAGCACAGACAUCCAAGAAGGAGCUUGCGCGGACUGUGGUUUGGUCCUCCGCGAACACGACAUCGUCGCCGAGAUCACCUUUGGCGAGACUUCCAACGGAGCUGCCACAGUUCAAGGUAGCUAUCUCGGUGCAAACCAGGGUGGCGUCCGCCCAACUGGGAUGGGACUCUCCUUUCGUCGGGUUCCCGGCGCUGGCCUCAAGGAAGCUCGUGAGCGCGCCGAGAGAGAGACCAGGGAUCUCUGCAGCCAGAUGGUUCACCAGCUUUCUGUGCCUCUUGAUGUUGCAGACACAGCUAUGGACAUCUACAGGGAAGCUGUUCGUGCCAGUUACGUCAAGGGCCGCCGCAAGCACAACGUCGCCGCUGUUUGCAUGUAUGCCGCCUGCCGCCUUGCAAAUCAGAAACAGAUCAUGCUCCUCGAUCUGGCCGACAUCGUCAAGACAGAUGUGUUCCUUCUUGGUCGCAACUACAAAGAGCUCAUGAGACGGCUUCCCACAUUCGACACUGGAUACGACCCUCUCACACUGGAGAAUCUGAUCUUUCGUUUCGCCGCCAAGCUAGAGUUCCUCCAUGACACCAACAAGGUCGCCAACUCGGCACUUCGCAUCGCCCACCGCAUGGUCAAAGACAAUAUCAGCAUUGGUCGCCGGCCCGCGGGUAUCUCUGGCGCUGCUAUCAUCAUGGCUGCUCGCGCGCACAACUUCCGCCGCACUGUUCGGGAGGUGGUUUACGUCGCCAAGGUCACGAUGGCCACUUUGCAGGAACGCAUGUCCGAAUUCGCCGCCGUCCCCGCUGCCAGUCUCAGCAUCAAGCAGUUUAUGCAAGGUGACGAGAUGCACCCCGAGGCUUCUCAUGAUCCCCCUGUUGUCUACAAGCAGUCCAGGGAGUGGCUCGAGAAGCACCCCAAGAGAGCCAGAAAGAGGAAGGCCUCGGACAACAGCCCAGAAGAUCCCCAAGAGCCUGACCAGCAAAGCGCUCCCAAGCGUCGGAGAACUUCUGCUGAUGCUGACACGCCGGACUCGGAAGCUGAAGAAGCUUCAGCUCCCCACGUGGACAGCGACGGUUUCGUGAUCCCGCCCAACCCCAAUGAACAACCCAAGAAGAAGCAGCUUUUGACCGAUCAUGAAGGUGCUCUCCUGAUUGGUGGUUUGGGGGCACCCGAGGACGGAUUGGAGGAAGAGGAAGUGGAGGCGUUGCACCGGGAGUUUUACGAAGAUGAGAAUCCGAACAGCCACGAGUACGAUGCAAGCAGCGAGAUGGCGAUGGCUCAACAGCAAGGCAUUGCUAUUCCGGGUAUGAAGGUGACGAUCAAGCCCAGAGCUGGUUCCACUCCGGCUGCCAAUGGCGCCCCCAUCAGCGAUGGGAACGCAACGAAGGGCGUCCAGGAGGAGCCCGCGCAAGGCAAGCGGGCGAAACCCACGCUUGCUAUCGACUUCGACAGCCAGGAUGAUAAUAUUGAGGCAGACAUGGAGGGACUUAUCGAAGAUCCGGCCAUUGCCCGCGUCGUUGAAGAGGUCACCCGCCUGGAACAGCAGCUCGAGAAACAGCCGGCCAUUCAGGUGUCCAAGGCGAUUCUAGACGAAGAGACCCCAGCCGCAGAGACUUCUACCCAGGAGGCUCCUGCUGUCGUGAAUGAGCAACCCGGCGCAGCUCCGCUCAACACACCUUCCAACGAGGAAUCUGAGACCAGCACUUCACCUGCCGCCUCUGCCUCCAACUCGCUUGCUGCCGAUCCUCUUCUGGACCCGAUUAUACGGGAGGAUGAGUUUGAGGAUGACCCCGAGGUCAUGUUCUGCCGCUUGUCCGAGGAAGAUAGCAAGGUCAAGUCCCAAAUUUGGUAUAACCAAAACAAGGACUGGCUUCGCCAGCUGCAGCAAAAGACGUUUGAGGCAAAGGUAGCGAGAAACAAGCCUAAGAAGAAGAGCCAGGGGAAAAAGGCUCGCAUUGGAGAGGGUCAAUCCGGGCCUGCUGCUUCGGCGUCGGAGGCUACGUCACAGAUGCUUGCCAACCGCGCGCUCGUGAUCAGCACAAAACUCAAUUACGGCAACAUGGACACUCUCUUUAGCCUCAAUCAGGGGGGUCCUGGCUCUGCUGGUACCCAAAGUGGCAUGCCGAGUGCCACCGCCAGCAACAAUGGAGCAGGGGAUGAUGAAGAGAUGCCCGACGAUCCGGCUCCGGCUCAGGCUGCGGGUGAUGAGGAUCACGACACCGCCGCUGCGUACGAGGAAGAGGGUGUCGAGGAGGAUUACCAACACCAUGAGGAGGAGACUUAUGAGCAGGAAGACGACGAGGGUGAUUAUGAUCAGGGAGGCCAUGGGCCUGGGUUCAAUCCCUGGGAUGAAUAA